UGAGUGUUUUCUUGCUAGCUAGUAAGGUUCAGAUACAUGCUAGCUGGCAGGCAGGCAAGUGGUGUUUAAAUUUCCAACAAAGUACCAAUAACCAAAGAGCAAAAAUGAGAAGAGUCACGUUAUUCGUUAACGGGACGUCUAAAAAUGGCAAGGUUGUAGCAGUCUAUGGGGCUUUGUCUGACUUACUAUCUGUAGCCAGCAAUAAAUUAGGAAUUAAAGCAUCCUGUUUAUAUAAUGGCAGAGGAGGUCUCAUCGAUGACAUUGCCCUAAUCAGAGAUGACGACGUGCUGUAUGUCUCAGAGGGCGAUCCAUUUAUUGAAUUUCCAAAUGAAGUCAAAGCUGGAUCUGAUCAACAAGGUGCUCACACUGACUGGUUAACCCUGAAUAUUGGUGGUCGUCUCUUCACCACUACCAGGAGUACCCUGGUCAGCAAAGAGCCAGAGAGUAUGCUAGCUCACAUGUUUCGAGAGAAAGAUGUGUGGGGAAACAAGCAAGAUGAGCAUGGGGCCUACCUCAUCGACCGCAGCCCUGAAUACUUUGAGCCCAUUCUUAAUUACUUGAGGCAUGGUCAGCUUAUUAUCAAUGAGGGCAUAAAUAUCAGAGGUGUUCUUGAGGAGGCUCGUUUUUUUGGAAUUGAGCAACUUGCCGAUCAGUUGGAAUUGGUCAUCAGGAACUCCCAGCCGCCCGAAGACCAUUCUCCCAUUUCCCGCAAGGAGUUUGUGCGUUUUCUUUUGGCUACACCCACCAAGUCUGAGCUCCGUUGCCAGGGUCUUAAUUUCAGUGGCGCGGAUCUGUCCCGGCUUGAUUUGCGCUACAUCAAUUUUAAGAUGGCGAAUCUCAGCCGUUGCAAUCUGACACACGCCAACCUGUGCUGUUCCAAUCUGGAGCGGGCCGAUCUGUCCGGAGCCAACCUGGACGGUGCUAACUUACAAGGUGUGAAGAUGCUCUGCUCCAAUGCCGAAGGUGCCUCUCUUAAAGGAUGCAACUUUGAAGAUCCCUCUGGGCUGAAGGCCAACCUGGAAGGUGCAAAUCUGAAAGGAGUCGACAUGGAAGGAAGUCAAAUGACCGGCAUUAACCUGCGGGUGGCCACUCUGAAAAACGCAAAGCUGAAAAACUGCAACUUGCGGGGUGCCACUUUAGCAGGGACGGAUCUUGAGAACUGCGACCUGUCUGGCUGUGAUCUACAAGAGGCUAACCUGAGGGGAUCCAAUGUGAAAGGAGCCAUUUUUGAGGAGAUGCUAACGCCGCUGCACAUGUCGCAGAGCGUUCGAUAACUGAGCAUGCACGUCAACUCAGCCACUCCUUUAAUCUCUACAGCCUCUGAUGGUAUAUGCUCUCAGUCUCAACUUAUUUUUUUUUUUUUGCCUGCAUUUAGCGCAGGUAAUCAUAUGCACUUCACUGACAUUCUACCCACCUCAUGUUCGCUUUAGAUAUCACACUAUUUAUCCAGGGUUGUUUUUUUUUUUAUGCACCUUAGUUCAUCUAUCCAUCAAUCUUCUUUCGCUUAGCUGGGGUUGGGUUGCAGGGGAAGCAGGUUAAGCAGGGAAGCCAAGAUUUGCGCACCAAACUCUGACACCAGUCUACAUGGACUAAAUACUAGGGCGUUCAGUACCCCGUAGUGCUGGAGCACCGUUCCCAAGAUCCCCCAAGGGACACGGUCAAACGGCCUCUCCAAGUCCAAAAGCGCAUGUAGACUGGUUGGGCGAACUCCCGUGCAUCGUCAAGGACCCUUCUGACGGUGUAGAGCUGCUCACCUAUUCUACAGCCAGGCCAAAAACCACACUGAUCCUCCUGAAUCCGAAAUCUGAGGUCCCGUCCCGUUGAACGCGCCCGUUACGACUUCUCCUCAUGAUGUUAAUUGAGGAAGGGUCGAACAUGGCAGCGGAGGUUAGAAAGGGGAACGGGGUAGACGAAGGCGCACGUUGACCCACACAAACUCAAAUCUGACCACAGACACCAUGCUUCACUCAAAAUAGAGUCUACUGACUCCUGAAUUGGAGUGUUUCGCUCCAGAGUCUGCUUGUCCACCACACACACACACACACACACACA